UCAGACUGAGCUGGAACCUGCAGCGGUCUUUCGACGUUGCGUGCUACUGACCUGCAGAAGCUCUGGUAGGAUCCCGUAUCAUUCCUCCCAGGGCAGUGUCUAAUCUCAGGAGCUUUCCUACUCUCUCUGGAUGACACUGCUACAUUCGGUACAGAACACAGACUGUGCAGGAAACCUGACUGAAGGUCUAUCACCGAUGUUAAAAAAGAAAAGAGAUCAGUAAAGAGUUAAGGUUUUAAGGGUAAAAAAUUGAGAAUGGAUCUCCUUGGAGAGGAAGGAGAGAGAAUGGUACAUCUAAAGGACGCAAUCUAUCAUCCUAAACAUUGGACCCUUUAAUCUUAUGAAAAUGGAACUGUAAAGCCUAAUGAAAAGAGCAGUUCAGGAGUAUUCCUUGGGCCAAGACAAAAUCAGCCUGGAUUCUGUCAUCCUUACUCACGGUGAACGGAACAUGCAGAAGCCACAGUCCGAUCGAAGAGCACGAAGGAAGGCAGGAGGAGAAGAUACCAGACUGGCAGUGAUCCCAAGCCUCUCACACGCUGAUGCUCAGGACAGCACAUGUGGGUGCCACAUGAGCAGAUGGGUUGCAAGGUUUGAAGCCGAAGGCGAUAACUCAGGAAGCGGCCACGUUACAGCUGUAACAGUAAGACUUUCUGCGUGGUCCCUGGAGCACCACGGUGCCAGUCUUCUCCUGAAACACUCCCUGCUGGCGUGCCGGACGCUCGGCAUCUUUCAGCUGCUAAGACUGAGAUUUUCCCCUCUGGAUUUACUCCAAGGCUCCUCUCCCUGCCUGCCUGUACGUAUUCCAGCCCUCCCUGGCCAUCGGCUGCAAGGAUCCCCCCUGCCGCCUGCUCCCGGGGAUGGCCGCUUGCCCCUUCCACCGGGGCUGGUACCCGGGGCUGGCGCUCGGGACGGGGACCGGGGCUGGUACCCGGGGCUGGGACCGGGACCGGGGCCGAGCUCUGCCCUCUGCCGACUCCCGGAGCAUCGCGCCCGGUGCUACGCUGGCUCAGCCCCGGGGCAGCGGCGAUGGAGGGGCCGGGGGAGGCCUCCUUGCCUUCCCAUGGUAACUGCAGCCACCGCAAUAGCGCCAAACGGGAACGCAAAGGGUCCUAAGAAAGCCCCAGGGGUUAAAAUCCGCCCCUGCGGGGCUUUACGGGCUUUCAUUGCGCUUCAGUGUGGCUUUCUGCAUCCUAAUUUGUCCUUCCUUCUCUGCUUUGGUUGACAGUCUUUGCCUGGAUGGUUUUUUAAAUAUAA